AUGCAGAUGUGGCUGCUGGUGCCUAGUCCUGGGGUUCUCAGUGGUGGCAAUGGCUCAGGAAUGGCCCUGGGACACAGGAUGGGAGCAGAGGUGGCUCACAACCACUCCUGGAAUGAUGGAAAAUUGUCCUCUGAAGAAUUCAAAGCAUAUUUUGCAGAUGGUGUUCUGAGUGGAGAAGAGUUAUGUGAGCUCUUCCAUACCAUUGAUACACAUAAUACCAACAAUCUUGACACAGAAGAACUAUGUGAAUAUUUUUCUCAGCAUUUGGGCGAGUAUGAGAAUGUACUAGCAGCACUUGAAGACUUAAAUCUUUCCAUCCUGAAGGCAAUGGGAAAAACAAAAAAGGACUACCAAGAGGCCUCCAAUUUGGAACAAUUUGUAACUCGAUUUUUAUUGAAAGAGACCUUGAAUCAACUGCAGUCUCUCCAGAACUCUCUGGAAUGUGCCAUGGAAAUUACUGAGGAGCAAACUCGCCAAGAAAGACAAGGGCCAACCAAACCAGAAGUCCUGUCGAUUCAAUGGCCUGGAAAACGAUCAAGUCGUCGAGUCCAGAGACACAACAGCUUCUCUCCCAACAGCCCUCAGUUUAAUGUCUAUGGUGCAGGCUUAUUAGAAGAAGAUAACCAAUGGAUGACCCAGAUAAACAGACUCCAGAAAUUAAUUGAUAGACUGGAAAAGAAGGAUCUUAAACUUGAACCUCUAGAAGAAGUUAUUGAAGGGAAUACUAAACCCCACAUCAUGCUUGUGCAGCGUCAGAUGUCUGUGAUAGAACAGGACUUGGAAGAAUUCCAACUCGCUCUGAAACACUAUGUGGAGAGUGCUUCCUCCCAAAGUGGUUGCUUGCGUAUUUCUAUACAGAAGCUUUCAAAUGAAUCUCGCUACACGAUUUACGAGUUCUGGGAGAAUAGUAGUGUGUGGAAUAGCCACCGUCAGAUGAAUUAUAGCAAGACCUUCCAAAGAAGUAAUGUGGAUUUCUUGGAAACUCCAGAACUCACAUCUACUAUGCUAGUUCCUGCUUCAUGGUGGAUCCUGAACAACUAG